UUUCUGCCUCUUCUUUGUUCAGGUCCAUCAUGAGUGAAAACUGGGACUCAAACUCUUCGGAAAACUGGCAUCACAUUUGGAGUGUCAGUGACACAAAGCAUGAUCUGUAUGCAGAUAGCAAUAUCACCUAUGUGAACUACUAUCUUUACCAGCCUCAAGUGGCAGCGAUUUUCAUUAUUUCCUACUUUCUGACCUUCUUCCUAUGCAUGGUGGGAAAUACAGUGGUUUGCUUUAUUGUAAUGAGGAACAAACAUAUGCACAGCGUCACUAAUCUCUUCAUCUUGAACCUGGCCAUAAGUGAUUUACUAGUUGGCAUAUUCUGUAUGCCUAUCACGCUGCUGGACAAUAUUAUAGCAGGAUGGCCUUUUGGAAGUACAAUGUGCAAGAUCAGUGGCUUGGUCCAGGGAAUAUCCGUUGCAGCUUCAGUCUUUACUUCAGUUGCAAUAGCAGUAGAUAGGUUCCGGUGUGUCGUCUACCCUUUUAAACCAAAGCUCACUAUCAAGACAGCGUUUGUCAUCAUUAUGAUCAUCUGGGUCCUGGCCAUCGCCAUUAUGUCCCCAUCUGCAAUAAUGUUACAUGUACAGGAAGAAAAAUAUUACCGAGUGAGACUCAACUCCCAGAAUAAAACCAGCCCAGUCUACUGGUGCCGGGAAGACUGGCCAACGGAAAUGAGGAAGAUCUAUACCACUGUGCUGUUUGCUAACAUCUACCUGGCUCCCCUGUCCCUCAUUGUCAUCAUGUAUGGAAGGAUUGGAAUUGCACUUUCCAAGACAACAGUGCUCCGCUCAGGCAAACAGAACCAGGAACAGUGGCACGUGGUGUCCAAGAAGAAGCAGAAGGUCAUUAAGAUGCUCCUGACUGUGGCCCUGCUUUUCAUUCUCUCCUGGCUGCCCCUGUGGACUCUGAUGAUGCUCUCACACUAUGUUGACCUGUCUCUGAAUGAACUGCGGGUCAUCAACAUCUACAUCUACCCUUUUGCACACUCGCUGGCCUUUGGCAACAGCAGCGUCAACCCCAUCAUUUAUGGUUUCUUCAAUGAGAAUUUUCACUGUGGUUUCCAAGAUGCUUUUCGCCUCCAUCUCUGCCGAAAAAGAGAAGAGCCCAAGGAAGCCUACACCCUAAGAGCUAAAAACAAUGUGGUCAUCAACAUAUCUCAUCUGUCAGCUCAGGAAUCUACAAUUAAAAACCCACAUGAGGAUAUUGUGCUUUGUAGGAAAAGUGCUGAAAAACCCAUAUAGGAAUUAAUGAUCAAGAUAGAACUUACCGAUAGCAAUGAGAUGUAA